UAAAAGCGAGCGUCUCGUCGUUCCCAGCUCAAUAGUCGUUGAGAGAGAUACGUUUAACGUUGUAUCGAGUUUCUUUAUUAUUUGCGAGUCUACGAUAACCAGAAGCUUUCACACAAAAGAGCACCAUGCAGAUUUUUGUGAAGACGUUAACUGGAAAAACCAUAACUCUCGAAGUUGAAGCCUCUGACACCAUCGAGAACGUAAAGGCAAAGAUUCAGGACAAAGAGGGUAUUCCACCUGACCAGCAGCGUUUGAUUUUUGCUGGAAAACAACUUGAAGACGGACGUACCUUGUCUGAUUAUAAUAUCCAAAAGGAAUCCACUCUUCAUUUGGUCCUCAGAUUGCGUGGCGGAAUGCAGAUCUUUGUCAAAACUUUGACAGGAAAGACCAUCACGUUGGAAGUGGAGGCAUCAGAUACAAUUGAGAAUGUCAAAGCAAAGAUUCAGGAUAAGGAAGGUAUCCCACCGGAUCAGCAAAGAUUAAUCUUUGCUGGAAAACAGCUUGAAGAUGGUCGCACGCUUUCCGAUUACAACAUUCAAAAAGAGUCCACUUUGCAUUUGGUUCUUCGUCUACGUGGUGGUAUGCAGAUUUUUGUCAAAACCUUGACAGGAAAGACUAUUACUUUGGAAGUAGAGGCUUCUGAUACGAUUGAGAAUGUUAAGGCCAAAAUCCAAGACAAAGAGGGAAUUCCUCCUGAUCAACAGAGAUUGAUUUUCGCUGGCAAGCAGCUGGAGGACGGACGCACGCUCUCCGAUUACAAUAUUCAAAAGGAAUCCACUCUGCAUUUAGUUUUACGACUUCGCGGAGGUAUGCAGAUUUUCGUCAAGACUCUCACCGGUAAGACCAUCACAUUGGAAGUGGAAGCAUCAGACACAAUCGAGAACGUCAAAGCUAAAAUUCAGGACAAGGAAGGUAUCCCUCCAGAUCAGCAGAGAUUGAUCUUUGCUGGAAAGCAGCUCGAAGAUGGCCGCACACUCUCCGACUACAACAUUCAGAAGGAGUCGACUUUACAUUUGGUCCUUCGGUUACGUGGUGGUAUGCAGAUUUUUGUCAAGACUCUUACCGGUAAAACAAUCACAUUGGAAGUCGAAGCAUCUGAUACGAUAGAGAAUGUUAAAGCCAAAAUUCAAGAUAAAGAAGGCAUUCCUCCGGAUCAACAGAGAUUAAUUUUUGCUGGAAAACAACUCGAAGACGGCCGCACUUUGUCAGAUUACAAUAUUCAAAAGGAAUCCACUCUGCAUUUAGUUUUACGACUUCGCGGAGGUAUGCAGAUUUUUGUCAAGACUCUCACCGGUAAAACAAUCACAUUGGAAGUCGAAGCAUCAGAUACGAUAGAGAAUGUUAAAGCAAAAAUUCAGGAUAAAGAAGGCAUCCCUCCGGAUCAGCAGAGAUUGAUCUUUGCUGGAAAACAACUCGAAGACGGUCGCACUUUGUCAGAUUACAAUAUUCAAAAGGAAUCCACUCUGCAUUUAGUUUUACGACUUCGCGGAGGUAUGCAGAUUUUUGUCAAAACUCUCACCGGUAAAACAAUCACAUUGGAAGUCGAGGCAUCAGAUACAAUAGAGAAUGUUAAAGCAAAAAUUCAGGAUAAAGAAGGCAUCCCUCCGGAUCAGCAGAGAUUGAUCUUUGCUGGAAAGCAACUCGAAGACGGACGUACCUUAUCAGAUUACAAUAUUCAAAAGGAAUCCACUCUGCAUUUAGUUUUACGACUUCGCGGAGGUAUGCAAAUUUUUGUCAAGACUCUCACUGGUAAAACUAUCACAUUAGAAGUUGAAGCAUCAGACACGAUAGAAAAUGUCAAAGCAAAAAUUCAGGACAAGGAAGGCAUCCCUCCGGAUCAGCAGAGAUUGAUCUUUGCUGGAAAACAGCUUGAAGAUGGUCGUACACUCUCUGAUUACAACAUUCAGAAAGAAUCUACUUUGCAUUUAGUCCUCAGGCUUCGCGGCGGUAUGCAGAUUUUCGUCAAAACUUUGACAGGCAAAACUAUCACUUUGGAGGUAGAAGCUUCAGAUACAAUCGAGAAUGUCAAGGCGAAAAUUCAAGACAAAGAGGGCAUUCCUCCUGAUCAGCAGAGAUUGAUUUUUGCGGGCAAGCAACUCGAGGACGGACGCACAUUGUCAGAUUAUAAUAUUCAGAAAGAAUCCACAUUACAUCUUGUACUUCGACUUAGAGGCGGGAAUGUCUAAUUCUAUAAUUGUGAUUUUAUUUCUGCUAAGUACCUUGCGCUCAAUAUACUUUAAUUUUAUUUAUAU